GCAAUGGUGAUCCCUCCCAGAGCUCGUGCAGCACUCUCGAGCGAUUGCAUCGCACAGCUCAUCGUCUGCGUUUGUUGUCUAACCAAGCUCUAGCAAACUUGGCCACCUGCUUAGUCUAUCGGUUAUGGACAGCUGUAAGGACAUGUUGAUGCGCGCUGAAGGUGGUCAGAUUGGCAAAACUGUCUCUCAUUUUUCUGAAGGUACUGGAGACCCCAUGCGCGAGCACACGGACAAACCGAUUCGCCAGAACAGCGUAAGCCCCUGUCCCGUAUCUUAUUCGCGGAAUCUUGAUGAAACAAGAAAGGGACAUCGUAGCGCAAAGUGCGGAGAUGUGGGACUGGAUAGCAAGCCAUCUGCGCCGGACAGAGAGCUGUCAGACAUUCAUAACAAAGAGACCAGCAGCUCAGAUGCGGAAUCAGACCUCUAUGAAGAAAUAGAUGUCAGCUGUACCCCUGAGAGCAUGGACUAUCCGAGUGCACAAGGACUCGAGACGGACUCGCCGAACCACGUUAAAGACCUCGGCAUGGACAACAGUAAAUUGGGUUCGGGCCCUGGUGCUCUCAGCUAUGGUUCUGACCAGAUGAGACGUUAUCGAACAGCCUUCACGAGAGAGCAGAUAGCACGACUGGAGAAAGAGUUUUACCGGGAAAAUUACGUGUCCAGGCCACGAAGAUGCGAGUUGGCGGCUGCCCUAAAUUUACCGGAAACAACAAUAAAGGUGUGGUUUCAAAACCGUCGCAUGAAGGACAAGAGACAGCGGCUGGCCAUGACUUGGCCACAUCCCGCGGACCCCGCCUUUUACACCUAUAUGAUGAGCCAUGCUGCAGCCACAGGCAGCCUGCCCUAUCCUUUUCAAUCUCAUCUUCCCCUACCUUACUACUCUCCUUUAAGCGGUGUCACUGCAGGUUCAGCCUCUGCCACCGGUGGCCCAUUCACCAACCCUCUGCGCUCGCUGGACAGUUUUCGGGUUCUUUCGCAUCCGUACCCUCGUCCUGACCUGCUGUGCGCUUUCAGACACCCAUCACUGUACCCCAGCCCGGGUCAUGGGCUUGGUCCUGGGGGAAGCCCAUGCUCCUGCCUUGCCUGUCAUGCUGCCAGUCAGACAAACGGGCUCCCACAGAGGUCUAACAACGCAGACUUCUCCUGUUCGCCCACGACCCGGACUGAGGCCUUUCUUACGUUCUCGCCCGCAGUUCUCAGCAAAUCAUCUUCAGUCUCUAUGGACCAGCGUGAGGAAGUACCAUUGACAAGAUAAGACGAUAUCAAGGGCUACGAAUUCUCCAGGCACUAUCAAGAAAAACUUUGGGAACUUUGGCAAUAUUUAAUUAACAAUUUAACGCAUAAAUGACCCAAAGUACUCUGUGCAACACAAAAGCAAUCUGCUUUUUAAUGAGGUUUCAAAACUGUGAAUAAUUCCAGUUAAGAAGCUAAGCUUAUCAUGCAAGAAAAGCCUACCUUACCACUGACAGGCCACGGAUAUCUUGCUGAAAAUGAUCUUUGGAUAAAGUAGCCUAGAUGUUCAAAACCGAGAUAUCGUAUUAAAGCAAUUACAUAUGAAGUAAAACAUUUUAACAAAAAUAUCAUAUAGGAGACUUUUAAAUUUAUUUAUACAAAAUUGAAUGGCUGAAGAAUAGCGCAAAUGCUUUAUCAUAACGAUAAUUUAUACUUUUUAUUUUCCGUACAAAUGGACCCAUAUGCUGUUUCUUUCAUAUUAAAACAAUGUUUUUUAUCUUGAUUUUUAACAAGGGGAUUUGAUAACCGAACAAGGUUGGCUCAUUAUUCCCCCACCAACACCCGGUCCCGGUAGCACAAUGAAAUGUGCAGAUGCGGGGGAAAUUAAGGAGUGAUGUAUUCGGAUGGGAGAAAUUUUGAAUGUUGAAUUAAUGAUAAUGCUGCACGCUCAGAAACUUGUCUGCCAAACCAGUAACAAGGCGCCAGGGGAGCGGAUUAAGAAGCUCCGCGCAAGGCUCGACGGGAGAAGAUGCGCUAGAGAUCCAUUGGACAAUCACAUGCGGCAAAUUGGGGCAAGCCAGAGAUGCCUGUCUUAUUGGCAAACCUGAGAUCCCUGUCUCACCCGGAUACCGUCAGCUGAAUACGUUUACCCCUAGACUCCCAUCUUGUAUCAUCCAUUUCACGCCUUGCUGUUGGCUUAAAUUACAUAGCCUACACACAAAUAAAAUGGUAGGCUAAUUAAAGCCUCAAUAACGUUAUACGUUAAACAUAACGUCAGUGUUUAUGAAAAUCAAAAGCAGCAUUAUUUAUUGAUUCAUUUGUCUUUAUUGUAUUUACAUUUAUGUAUUCUGACUUACAUUUUUGCAUCAUCCAAUUUUAAAUGAAUGUACAGUUCACAUAUUUGUUCUGCUGAACAUUCUCCAGAA